AUGAACGGCGCCGGGGAUGAUGACUUCUUCUGUGGCGGCGUCGACGUCGCUGCAGCAAAGCAAACCAUCCGCCAAGCUCUCCGCGGCCAGCGUGGCCUCGCACCCAUGCACGAGGACUACGAUGGAGACGACGAUAGUCUGAAUGACAAGUCGCCAGCGUACAGUAUUCGCGGGCAGUCCCGUGACCCUUCCGUUGGUGCGCACGUCAAGCGGGACAAAGCCGCGACUCCGAAGAAGAUCACAGCAGACUAUGGAAGCGACGAUGCGCGUCUCAUCGAGCUCAAGGAACAGGGCUACCCCAACGACUUCAUCGCCGCGAAGCUCGAAGCGGAGGGCCGUCCUCAAUACAAGCCUGGCGUGAUUGCGAAGCGUUACCUCAAGCUGCGCAAGGUGGUCGAGAAGCGCAAUGAUGAGCAGCUUGAUGAUGAACUGACCGACUGGCACGAAGGAGAGGAUGAUAUUCUGGUGGACACUGUGAAGUCGCUCGAAGAGAAGUAUGAGCUUGAGAUACAGAAGGUCAUGGAAAAGAAGUGGGCGGAAGUCUCCAGCCUUCUCGCCCGCGGCAUGGCUCAAAAGAAGUACACGGGAAAGGCUUGCAAAGAGCGCUGGGAGGGGCUUCACGAUGGCACUGCUCUUCUGCCAAUCGAGCUCGACCCGGAUCAAGAGGGCCGUAGGGUGCUGCGCGAGGCCCGCAUCGCUGAGGCUCGUCUCAGACGUGCAGAGACAGGAGGAGAAGGCGAACGUAAGAAGGAAGCUCUAGAAGCCAAGAAGCGUGCGGAGCAGGAGUUGAAGGACCAGAAGCUGUGGGCGAUUGAGGAGGUGAAGAGAGAGCGCGAAGCUGAGAGAGCGGAAGACCGUCGUUUGGUUGAGGAGAGGAAGCGUGCGAAGGAGGAGAAGAAGGCUGCUGAGAAAGAAGCUGCUGCCCUGUGGGUGGGCCAGAUCCGUGAGAAGCGCAAAAUCCGGGAGCUGGAGGAGAGAGUCUACCGCAGCAUCAUGGGCAAGAGCCUUCGCCGCUUCCGCAAUGGCGCCUUGUAUACGGACAACGGGGCCGAUCUCAACAACAAGCACGGUGGGCCUGAGGCGGACAGCGACGAAGAGAACGACACGGAUACUGAUAAGGACUCUGAGAACGAGCAGGCCGGCGUCCACAGUGACCGCGAUGAAGACCGAUUCCCAGGCUCUGGCAGCGACGGCGAGGGUACGAUCCCCAAGAAGAUCAAAGCAAAAGUCACGAAAGAGACUCUGGCAAACCCCCGCAGCAUCCUCACGGAGGCCGAGCUGGAAGUUCUUCUCUUUGAGCGCGGCCUGCCACGCCGCGGCGGCCGUGAGACGCAUCCCCAGAUGGUCGCCCGUCUUGCAGCCGCCGAUGCAGGGCUCAGCAGCGACGACUUGAGCAAAUUACUCCUGAAAUUCUUCGACAAGGGCAAGGGGAGCAAGGUUGCGAAGGCGCUUCGUCUGCAGAAGUACGAGGCGGAGGCAUCGGCUGCCGGGCAGAAGGGGUUGGAAGGGGAUGAUCCCGAUUCUUAA